GGUGCAAUGGCUCUGUGGCAGGUGGCGGCAAGUAGAGCAACGUCCAGAGAGCACAGAGGUCCUCCUUGAUAUUCCCUGGUAUGACGGUGGUGUUUAAAGCAGGGAAAGAUUAAGCGUUUUCUUUCGUUGCUAGAGAAAAGAGAGAUGGAGAGGAGGUGCAUAAGGCGGUGUGCUCCGGCGUUGCUUCGGGUGCUAUUAAUAGUACUAGUAGCACUAGCAGCUCCGGCGAGCGGCAUCAGCAGAGACGACUUCCCCUCUGGCUUUAUUUUCGGCGCCGGCAGCUCCGCGUACCAGGUGGAAGGGGCAGCUGCAGAGGGAGGAAGAACACCCUGCAUCUGGGACACAUUUGCACACGAAGGGAGAACCGAGGACAAAAGAACAGGAGACGUAGCAGCUGAUCAGUAUCACAAGUACAAGGAAGAUGUGAAGUUGAUGCAUGACAUGGGCCUGGAUGCCUACAGAUUCUCUAUCUCCUGGAGCAGAGUCAUUCCUUAUGGUAGAGGGCCAACUAAUCGAGAAGGGGUGCAAUACUAUAAUAAUUUGAUCAACGAGCUCAAGAAAUAUGGAAUUGAACCUCAUGUCACUCUUCUUCACUUUGACCUCCCCCAAUCUUUGGAAGAUGAAUAUUCAGGACUCUUGAGCCCAAAGAUUGUAGAGGACUUCACUGCUUAUGCUGAUAUGUGCUUUAGAGAGUUUGGGGAUAGAGUAAAAUACUGGAUAACUGUCAAUGAGCCCAACAUCGAACCCAUCCUUGGCCAUGAUCUGGGAAUAUUUCCACCAAAUCACUGCUCUUCCUCCUUGGCCUCUUCCCUUGGCCUCAAUUGCAGCAAAGGGAAUUCAUCUGUUGAGCCAUAUGUAGCUGGUCAUAACCUUUUGCUUUCCCAUGCAUCAGUUGUCUCCCUGUACAGAAAGAAAUAUCAGCCAAAUCAAGGGGGCUAUAUUGGAAUUACCUUACUAGGUAUCUGGUUUGAGCCAGCCACAAAAUUACCAGAUGAUAUAGCAGCAGCUAACAGAGCAUUGGAUUUCCUAGUAGGCUGGUUUGUAAAUCCAAUAGUGUAUGGAAGGUACCCUUCUGUGAUGCAAAAGCUUGUUGGAUCCCGCUUACCAUCCUUCAAAUCAGAAGAGUCAGCCAUGCUGAGAGGAUCUUUUGAUUUCAUUGGACUUAAUCAUUAUUCAGUGGCUUUUCUGCGAGCAGCAACUGAUAACCCAGAUGAUGAUUUCCGAGAUUGGUACACCGACAUGUCAGUCAGUUUCGCAUUUCCCCAAACAAAAGUUACAAAGGUGCCCAAAACUGCACUAAGUCUUAUUGAUAUAUCCUCCUGGAAAACUACAUAAUCUAACAGGAAGUGGAACUUCCAUCAGGUUUUUGUUUCAGAAGAUCCUCCUGUAAUACCUUCCACACCGUGGGCUAUGCAAAGACUGCUCGACUACAUCAGAAACAAAUAUGGAAAUCCACCAGUCUUUAUCCAUGAAAAUGGAUAUCCAGAGUAUAACAUAGAUCCAGCAACUUGUGGCCAUGAGUUCUAUGAUGAGCAGAGAGCAAACUACAUUAAAGAUUACAUAGAAAGCAUGCUUCUACCAAUAAGGAAUGGUUCCGAUGUCAAGGGUUACUUUGUUUGGUCCUUCAUGGAUAACUUUGAGCUUGUCACUGGCUACAGAAGUCGCUAUGGUCUCAUUGGAGUUGACUAUUGUGUAGAAAACAGAACAAGGUAUCGAAGAUACUCUGCAGAUUGGUAUUCACAAUUUCUUAAACCUAACGGAUAUACGAGAAGAUACGGAGAUGUUAAUGUUGAGUAGAAAUAUCUUACAUUUAAACUUAAGCAGUUGAAUGUAGAAUGUCUAAAACUUUCAGCCAUGUACUGAUGGUACCAUUAGGCAUGCUUCUGUAAGAUCCAAACGUGAAUAUAUCUUCGUUGAUCUAUUUGAAUAAUAAUUUUCGACUGUGUA